AUGUGCAUUAGGUCUGGAGAGGAGACAUCUCCUUCGUCUAUGAGGUCCAUCCUCGCAUCGUGGUCAAGGUCCCAAAAUUCUGAAGAAUGGAUGAACGACCUUUCUCAAGCCGUCGCUUUCCUCGAAUCGCCCAACCUUGCCCAUGGCGACCUACGACCCGGAAAUAUUUUGCUUUAUCGCGAUCAAUUGAAAUUGUCUGAUCUCGAUUGCACAGCGGUAAUCGGGAUGGACUUCGAAGAUUACAUGGCCCCGUAUGGACGAAUACUCAAUAGUAACGAGCCGAACUAA